AUACUCAACUGUCUCCUACCCUGUAUUAACACACUACAAUCCAGUCAAUGGCGUAAACUUAAUAAUACAGCUCUUACUAAGACCUUACCUGCACCUCUUGAUAGCCUGAACACCUCUACCCUUCUUCGACAUUGCUAUAAUUUUAUUGCAAGGAAUUUCCAACUUACUCUCCAGCAAAGGCACAGCAAAUUAUUGUCUGUCUGUCGCCCGUCUUUAUCCAUGGACCCCAUUCUGUGGUUACCUAUGCUCCCAAUAGAACGUAGUCAACUCAUUAGAUGGCGGCUGGGCUGGCUACUUGGUGGUACUCCUAAACCAUGUCAAUGCAAAUUACACAAUCUAACAAAGAAACACAGUAUCCAUUGCUUGCGCAUCCAUUCUCAGUUACGCAUGUCACAAGACGCAGAUGACCCCAUCAAUCGGCUUCCCUCUCGACCGCCCAAGUCACUACAUAAACAGGCCUAUUGGCGAAUACAUUGGAUUACCAUCCAAAGAUUCCUCUAUAAAUUUGACAUGCUACAGCAUGGUGCUCCCUACGAUGAUUUAGUCCUAUCUAAUCUAUCUUUAAACUCACCUUUUCUUCUCUGGCUUAGCCAGCAUUUAUAG